CACCCUCCGCCCUUCCAGAACAACCCCCAAUCCACCAUCUCCCCCAAUUCUAUCUCUCGAAAUGGUUUGGCUAUGGCGGAUUUCACCUCUCUUCUUCUUAUUCUUCUUCCCUCUUACCUCUUUUUCAACCUCCACCACGUCUGAUCUUUUCCAACAAUGGUGCCAACAACACGGGAAAUCCUAUUCCACGGAGGAAGAGAAACUCUACAGGCUCGAUGUUUUUCAAGACAACUACGCUUACAUUCUUCGUCACAACAGUGAUGCCAAUUCUUCUUUUACGCUUGCACUCAAUGCCUUUGCCGAUCUCACUCACCAUGAGUUCAAGCUAGCUCGAUUGGGCGGUCUCUCCGCGUCUGCUUCUUCCGGUGAUUUGAUUAGGCUUAAUCGUGGUGGUUUGUUGAUUGAAUCAUCAAAUGAUCUACCAAAAUCUUUGGAUUGGAGGGAGAAAGGAGCGGUUACUCCUGUUAAAGAUCAAGGGAGUUGUGGUGCAUGCUGGUCAUUCUCAGCCACAGGAGCAAUGGAGGGCAUUAAUCAAAUCGUAACUGGAUCCCUGAUCAGCCUUUCUGAACAGGAGUUGGUUGAUUGCGACAAAUCCUUCAACAGUGGCUGUGAUGGUGGACUCAUGGAUUAUGCCUAUGAAUUUGUGAUACAAAACCGUGGGAUUGAUACCGAAGAGGAUUACCCAUAUCAAGGGAAAGCAACUUCUUGCAAUAGAAACAAACGGGAUAGAAAAGUUGUCACAAUUGAUGGUUACAAUGAUGUUCCUGAAAACAACGAAGAUCUGCUACUACAAGCUGUUGCAACUCAACCUGUGAGUGUGGGUAUAUGUGGCAGCGAGAGAGCAUUUCAGUAUUAUUCAAAGGGAGUAUUUAAAGGGCCAUGCUCGACUGCUUUAGAUCAUGCUGUACUGAUAGUUGGAUACGAUUCAAAAGAUGGAGAAGAUUACUGGAUUAUAAAGAAUUCAUGGGGAACAUCAUGGGGAAUAGAUGGUUAUAUGUACAUGGCUCGUAACACAGGGAAUUCCGAUGGACUCUGUGGGAUCAACAUGCUAGCGUCUUAUCCAAUAAAGACUAGCCCUAAUCCACCCCCAUCUCCUACUCCAAAACCCGUCAAAUGUAAUUUGUUUUCCUGGUGUGCCGAAGGCGAAACCUGCUGUUGUGCUAAAACGAUUCUUGGGAUAUGCUUUAAAUGGAUGUGCUGCGAGGCGAGUGCCUCUGUAUGCUGUAAGGACCAUCGUCACUGUUGCCCUUCUGAUUAUCCCAUCUGUGAUUCUAAAAGGAACUUGUGCCUCAAGCAAACAGGCAAUGGCACGGUAGCGAACCAGCCUAAGAAGAACAGCAGUUUUGGGAAAUCAAGUGGCCGGAGUUCCCUCCAUCAGCAAUACUUCUAAAUUCAUCAGUAAUGGCAGUAGCAGUUGAUGAUCAAUUAGACUUAUUCAUAAACCAUUGCCAUUUGUAGACUCAGAAAUUUUUGGAUUUUGGUCCUUUCUUUGUAACGGUGCUUGCAUAUAAAGGCUAGAACUCUGAAUUUAUAGUGUCGAUUAGUGCAAAAAGAGGCAUCACGUGAAUAUGCUUUGUUAGAGAUCAUUCAUUAUAUUAAUCAAAGAUUGGUCUAUUUCUCUCA